UGCCACUCCAAGUUCGGACUAGCGUCAGACUAGUGCAGACACCAAUCACCGACCGACCAAAACCCUAAACAUCCCGCGACGACGGUUUUCCCUUCUAACCUCAAAGUCGAAACGCGCGCGCUACGACGUCCUGCGAAACAUAACCUCAAACGAAAAACGAAUUCCGAGUGCCCGCCGGUAAUUGGUGAUCCCCGAGCAACGGUCCAUUUCACCCCGUAACAAACGUGCGCUCGUGUUUCAACGGUGUGUGUGUGUUUUGCUGUGAAAGCGCCUGCAAGGUAGGCAAACCCCAAAACACACCUUCGUGCGUGACGUGACACAGGCCAUUAAACGGUGGAAGAGGAAGGGGAGGGGGUAGUAAAGAAGUGAUAACGUAGUGCUCCGGAAACGAAAGGGAAAGAAGAACGGAUAACCUAUCAACACCAACCCCCGGCGACAACGACAACAACAUCAUCAACGAACGUCAAACGUGUAAAUUUAACACAUUUCAUCUCUUAUAUCGUGGCCAGCGUGGGCGCCAUGGACGUGAUCAACUGUUUGGCGUACGUGUCCAACCAGCUGACGGGCAACGGGAAUCCACCGGCCGUGGAUGCCGAUCUCGAGAACUAUCGCCGGCUGCUGAGGGAGCAGAUCGAUGUGGCACCCAAGGAAAAGAUCGGCGGUGUAACGUACGCGCAGGACGGCGUGGUGUACAAGGAUGGGUACCGCGUGGAAAAGUUCGACGACGAUCGGCUCGAUCAGCUGAACGUGAAGAUCCGCGAGCUGGAGCAGCGCAGCCAGGAGAAGGAUCAGAAGCUGGACCUGCUGAACGUGAAGCUGGACGAGCUGGAACGAAGGUCCGUGGAGCGCGAGAUCGAGAUUGAAGGGCUGCGAUCGCGAUCGGUUAGUCGAGCGGGUAGUCAGGAACCGACGACGUCCCGAGGUGUCCCGUCUAUAGUGUUGGGCGAGCAGCAGUCCGAUACCCGGUACGGAUCGAACCGAUUCCGACCAAUUCACCGCGAGGAUGACUCACGGAAAACAAUCAAGAAGCGGUCCGUAACGUCGAAUGUGUCUGAAGAUCGCUCCGACGAGCUUGAUCUGCUCUCCCAAAUGGAGGAAGAGGAAGCGAAAAAGAUGGAGGAUUACGUACCGCUGGUGUACAACCGGGACGAGUACUUGUCCGAGGGAAACAAGCGGCACAAGAUCAGUCCGAUACAGGAGUUGUGCCAGAUGCACGAAGACGAGCACCGCCAUCGGAUCAUGGAGCACUCGCCUGAGCCGAACUUUGGAGCCAACAUUUCGAAACCCUGGGGAGACAUCCAGCUGGAGGAAACGAAGAAACACGAAAAGCUCGCCCCGCAAGCGGUACAUGACAUCACAGAGGAAACUCGAGAAAGUGACGAAAGUGAUGAGCUGGCGAAGAGCAUGGAAGAAACUAAACAGUGGCUGAAAAGCCCACGGAAUACCUUCCCGGAUGUGUCAACGUCCACCCAGGACCUGCUAAGUCCAGGUGUCUUUGUACCGUCCGGCGUCCGAUCUCGAUCGGAGAGUCCAGAAGAAGAACAUCCCACGUUGAAGCGUACCCGCAAGAAGAGUGACCUUACCGCGCUACUACUGGAGGAAGAACGCCGCGCCGAAGCAUUCUCCGGAGUGAUCAUUCAAACCGAGGAAUCAGACUCCGAAGGCGGUCGGCGUACGGAAUUUCUGCAGUCCAAAUCGCCCUCCCCGUUCGUUGGCCCCUUCAUAGAGAACGAACGCUACCAACAGUCAACUGGUCAGUUGAUCGCGCUGGUGCUCGACCCGGAUGAACAACCAAACUCGCAAGAACACACGCGGAAGAAGAGACACCUUACAGCUGCGCAGCUGGAGGAGGAACGUCGCGCUGAAGCAUUCUAUGGAGUGACCGUACCGUCUGACGAGUCAGAUUCAGAAGGUGUUAAUCGCACGGAAUUCGUUCGUUCGAAAUCUGCUACGCCGAACUUUAGUACUUUCGUAGAAAAAGAACGCUUCCAACAGUCAGCUGGUCAGCUGACCCCGCUGUUGACCGAUUCGGAAGUGCAAUCUGUCUCGCAAGAGCACCCACGGAAGAAGCGAGACCUUACGGCUAUGCAAUUGGAAGAUGAACGAUGCGCUGAAGCUGAAUCUCCAACGUCCAACGUUGAUCACCAGGAAACCAUGCAUCCGGAGGAACGCUCAAUCUCGCAAGAGUACCAACAGCUUUCGUCAACCUCGCUCCCGCUAUCCCCGUCCAGGGAUGCCACCAUUUCCCCCGCUCCGAUAGCCUCCUCCGGUUCCCCUGCCUCUCCCGUUUCGUCGAACGUUGACGAAUCCGUCAAAGACGGCCUCCCCUAUUACCAGUCCGGUGACGAUCGGUCUGUCUCGUCCUCCUCGGCUGCCGGCGGGAGCGUUUCCGCCGCUGCCCCCGUCGAAUCCGAAGAAAAUUUAAUUUUCAGCGGCGAGUACACCAAGGCCAUGUCGAAGGAUUGGCACUCGGGCCACUUUUGCUGUUGGCAGUGCGACGAAAGUCUGACCGGCCAGCGGUACGUGCUGCGCGAUGAGCAUCCCUACUGCAUCAAGUGCUACGAGAACGUGUUCGCGAACGUGUGCGAGGAGUGCAACAAGACGAUCGGCAUCGACUCCAAGGAUCUGUCCUACAAAGACAAGCACUGGCACGAGGCGUGCUUCCUGUGCAACAAGUGCCGCAUCUCGCUCGUCGACAAGCAGUUCGGCUCGAAGGCCGACAAGAUCUACUGCGGCAACUGCUACGAUGCCCAGUUCGCGUCCCGAUGCGACGGCUGCGGCGAGAUCUUCCGCGCCGGAACCAAGAAGAUGGAGUACAAGACCAGACAGUGGCACGAGAAGUGCUUCUGCUGCUGCGUCUGCAAAACGGCCAUCGGCACCAAGUCGUUCAUCCCGCGCGAGCAGGAGAUCUACUGUGCUGGCUGCUACGAGGAGAAGUACGCGACCCGUUGCAUCAAGUGCAAAAAGAUCAUCACCAGCGGCGGUGUGACCUACAAGAACGAACCGUGGCACCGUGAGUGCUUCACGUGCACCCACUGCACGGUGUCGCUGGCCGGCCAGCGCUUCACCAGCCGCGACGAGAAGCCGUACUGUGCCGAGUGCUUCGGGGAGCUGUUCGCCAAGAGAUGCACCUCCUGUGUCAAGCCAAUUACCGGAAUCGGUGGUACCCGUUUCAUCUCGUUCGAGGACCGCCACUGGCACAACGAUUGCUUCAUCUGCGCGAUCUGCAAGACGUCGCUGGUCGGACGCGGUUUCAUCACCGACGAGCAGGACGUCAUCUGUCCGGAGUGCGCCAAGCAGAAACUGAUGUAAAUUGUAAAUGUGGGGACGCAAAACAAAAACAACAAAUCAAAACAAAACACCGCCUAACAAAAAAAAACACAACGAACAACAACAGCAAAAUGAUAUUCUAAAAUAUGCGUGUUAGGAAUUGAACUAGAAGCAAAAAACCAAUUCACAAACGACGUAGAACAAGAAGAAGACGAAGCCUUACACAGAGUCGUACAUAACAAGUGUCAAACAGGCGGCCAUCUUGCGCUAGAACGAAGAGUUUUUCAAAAUGGCGUCCUUGUUUUCACCCUAAACGAACGCGUUUAUUUAUUUACAUUUAGGUAUACGUCAGAUGGUAUUCAAGAUUUUUGAUUUUUGGCUUGAGCUAUUCCCUCUCCCGUACUUCUAUGAUGGAAAUGUUAGUUAUUGCCAUGGUAAAAGUGUUUUUAAAAAAAUCACCCGAAAGAGAAAACAUGUAUUUAAACACAUUUUGUUAUAGGGAAAAACAAAAAUAUCGCGGGCACAUAUUUAUCAGCCAUGCAUGCAAAACAAUUACGCUGUGAAAGUAUAUAUUUAUAUUUUAUGGUUUUUUAUUAAGAAUCGGCUUUUUCUAAACACCCUAACUAAUGACUCACAUACCAAUGCUUUGUUACACGCUAAAACGAAAGCAACCGGAGCAGCAAAACAAACACGACCAUACACUCACACAUGCGAGAUUAGCGGGGACGGCCUAUAUUCACAAAAGUUGCCUUCUACUAUGAACAAAUUAAGGAAUCAAACACACGAACAUACAUACAAAAAAACGCAAACACACACACACACAAACGAGAAAUGUGACAAAUUUUAAAUGAUUGUUGUCCUAGUUUUAUCGCUUUUAAAAAUAAUAAAAAUUAAGAAAAGAAACAAUUAAAGUAUUUAUGUAGAAUGGUGAGCUUUAAUAAACGAAAUACAGACAAAAACACACAAACACAUACAGACCCUUGAACACGUUUAACUUUAAAAACAAGAACGCUUGUCUCCUCCCUCUUUAUGUUACAUGUUGUUCACUGUAAACGAAAAGAAAAAAAAACAUAAAGAAAACAUCAAUUAUUACCUAUAUUAUAACUUAGGCGGUCGAAGUAACGAAGCAAAUUGUAUUUAAAGAAAAAGUUAAUAAAAAGAAACUAGAAAUCUAUCAAAGCUAAUAAAAUUUAAAAAAAAAAGCUACUAAAGAUAAUCCUAUACACACACACGCUAAAGCGGAACGCAUGAGAAGAAGAAGGUACGCGGUAGAAUCAUAUUAAGGUGAAAUUCUAGGUUUCUCUUCUGUCUACUAUAAAUUAAUACCCUUUCGCAGCAGUAUCGUCUAACGAGAAAAAUAUUUUCGCGCUAAAGUUUAAAACGAUUAUUUAUUGAAUUAACAAUUUGAUUACCAUUUUUACUAUAUUUUAUGAUAGCGUAGAAGCAUGAAAGCCUUGAGAGAAGAGAUGGAAGCAAACACAAAAAAGAGAGGAACCACAUUUACUGUACUAAAUUAUGUAAUUAUUAGCGAGGAGAUGCAGAUUUACGCGCGACGUACGUUUAUACAUACACACACACAAACACUUCACGAGAAUACAUACACAGUGGCACAUUAUAUCAAAAUAAAUAGAAGGAAACAAAAACCAGAAUGCUAAUCAUUUUUCACUCCCCCUCUUUGUUAUACUUAAUCUAUUAUUAGUAGUAGUCGGAUUUUUUGAAUAAAUAAAUUAUCUCUCCAGUGU